AACUUAGUACUGUUUUCCAUCACUGAAAUUAUGAGUGUGGUCCAAUCAAGAAUUGUAUAGCCACAACGGUGGGCCGUAGUAGACGCACCAUCAUCGUCGCUUUUCUUUUUGCUUGUCCUUCUCUCUUCUGAACCAGCCCUAUUGUCAUUCCGUGACCCAAAUCAUCACCAUCAGGCUGGCCCGUAACGAAUCGUACACACUCGAGCAAAGAGGGAGUGGAUCACUCACAAAUCUCUCUUCUCGCGAUCAGUUCCGGCACUUCCUCGCGCGCUUCAUCACCCGCACCGCGACGACUAUGUCUGAUGAUCCCCAGACACCCCAACCAGCCCAGGGGUCUGCCCCGGGGAUCAGGAAGCUCACACCCUACUGGCAUCCAUACACUACGAUGGCUAAGGAACGUUGGCUCGGUCGUGAGAUCUUAGAAGUCGUGUCCACAGAAUUCAGAGAUCGAUCGAUGGAGUAUUAUCGAUACGCCCUCGAAUCCGGGGUGACCUCGAUUAAUGGCAAGUCCGCCAAACCUGAUACGAUCAUCAAAAACGGGGAUCGCAUCGAGAACGUAGUUCACAGACACGAACCACCCAUUUCUUCGACUCCCGUGAAGAUUGUACUCCAUGACAAGGAACGAGGAUUUCUUGUUAUCAACAAGCCAGGAAGUAUUCCCGUCCAUGCAACCGGUCGAUACUACCAUCACAGCCUGGUACAAAUUCUGCGCAAUGACUUCGGGUUCGACAGAGUAUACACGAUCAAUCGACUAGAUAGAUUAACAUCGGGACUCAUGAUCGUCCCCCUCAACGCUGACCUCGCACGCUCUCUUUCGGCUGAGUUCGUCAAUGGUUCCGUCCGCAAAGAAUAUAUAGCUCGGUGCAAGGGAGAAUUCCCUGUCGGCGAGGUGGUAUUGGAGGAGCCUCUUCUGACCGUCGAUCGCCAGAUGGGUUUGAACAUCGUGCAUCCGCAAGGGAAGCCCGCGAAGACUGCUUUCAACAGGAUACAUUACGAUUCGAAUACACACACUAGUGUUGUUCGGUGCCGUCCAUUCACUGGUCGUUCACAUCAGAUCCGUGUGCAUCUCCAAUACCUCGGACACCCAAUAGCCAACGACCCUAUCUACUCCGAGGAACGAAUAUGGGGACCGAAUCUUGGAGAAGGCGGUGUCGACAUCGUUCCGUCAGUUGAACGCGCAGCACCCGCCCCGCCGCCCCACCUACGCAGCGAAUAUAUCCCUGAAUCGCUCAGGGCAGGUACGGAUGACGGCGGCCUUGGUAACCAUGGACGACAGUCACUUCCAAGGGAGACUGGACAUGAUAUUGGGAUGGGCUCCCCUGUUCCUUUAUCUUCCGAAGCAGUGCAGGUUAUUACUCGGUUAAGAAAUAUGAAGGACGAAGACGAAGAUUGGAGCCGAUGGCGCGACGUCACAUUCCGCGCGAAGGGAGCGCUCACCCCAAGAACAUUCUGUAUACCGCCACUGCCACCUCAAAACAGACGAAAGCGGGGAGGUGAGGCAUCUCGUAGCUCGCGAUCUAGAUCUCACACCAAGGUCUCGCCCCCAGGUGUUGCAGAAGAUGCAACUUCGGGCGAGGAAGUAGCCGCGCAGCUCUCUCUCGACGAAGCACUAGCUCAACUACCCACGAUGGAAGCACCAGAGCCCGCAGUAGACCCGGAUACUGGGACGCUGUAUUGCCCGGAAUGUUAUUUGCCGCUUCAUCCAGAUCCAAGGCCCGAGAAAUUGUACAUCUUUUUACAUGCAUUCAAGUACACUACCAGCCUUGGAAGUUUCCAGACGGAAAUACCAGAGUGGGCGUUAGAAGGUUGGGAAUGGACGUGA